UCUGUUUCUCUACGGAAGAAGAAAGGCACAGAGAAUAAGAAUAGUGUCGAAAAACGAAAGCGCUAAAAAACCCUCUUUUUAUUUGAGCGUUAUUUCUUUGUUUCUUGUCCAUUGAAAAUGGCUACGUUUUUCAGGAGGCUCGCCAGAGCUACUCCGAUCGCAUUCACCGGUGCAUUUGGCGGCCAAACCAAGUCUAGCUUCAGUGCUUUCCGGAUACCCAUUGGAGCAGUCGCAGCAGUUUCUGGUGGAAUCUCGUACUACUACUACUUUUCCUCGUCGAAUUUGGUUUUUCUGGAUCAAAUCAAUGAAGGGGCAGGUCCAAAAGUUGCACUCAAACCAGAUAAGUGGAUUGAAUUUAAGUUGCAAGACACAGCAAGGGUCAGUCACAAUACUCAACUCUUCAGGUUUUCAUUUGAUCCUACAGCCAAGUUGGGUCUAGAUGUUGCUUCAUGCAUUAUUACAAGGGCUCCUAUAGGACAAGAUGAUGAAGGGAAACCAAAAUAUGUCAUACGCCCCUAUACUCCCAUAUCAGAUCCAGAUUCUAAGGGAUACUUUGACUUACUAAUUAAGGUGUAUCCAGAAGGAAAAAUGAGUCAGCAUUUCGCUAGCUUAAAACCUGGCGAUGUAGUUGAAGUCAAAGGGCCCAUUGAGAAGCUAAGAUACACUCCCAAUAUGAAGAAACACAUUGGCAUGAUUGCUGGUGGGACCGGCAUAACUCCAAUGCUUCAGGUUAUUGAGGCUAUACUGAAAAAUCCUGAUGACAAAACUCAGGUAUCACUGCUUUAUGCCAACGUCUCCCCAGAUGACAUUCUACUUAAACAGAAGCUUGACAUACUUGCAACUAGCCAUCCAAACUUAAAGGUAUUCUACACCGUCGAUAAUCCAUCAAAGAAUUGGAGAGGAGGUACAGGUUACAUAUCAAAGGAUAUGGUUGUCAAAGGUUUACCUGGUCCUAGUGAUGAUACUCUAAUCCUUGUGAGUGUUACUUCGUUACUCCAACAUCUCAACUUUCACAUGCUUAUGUACUUAAUCAGGAUAUGGCAUCAGGUCAAGUGUAUGUGGCCCCCCUGGAAUGAUGAAAAAUAUAUCUGGUGACAAGGCUAAAGACCGCUCGCAAGGAGAGCUUACUGGCGUACUCAAAGAAGUUGGAUAUUCUGAGCAAAUGGUUUACAAAUUUUGACUGAAAAAGCUUGUGUACAUUUGCUUCAAAUUUUGAGUGCUCCCUAAAGAAACAUAGGCAGCUUGAACUCGAGCAAAACAUUUGAGAUUUGCAAAUGAUAUUCAAAAUAAAAUAACGCAUUGUGAGAGCUCGCACUCCGUAGAGUUUUGAUUUUGAAGAAACUCGCAGAGUUUCUGCGAUGGGUUUCUCCAGGCUGUUUGUAUUUUCUAUACCCAAUAUGCCAGUCAAGAGAAAAACUUUGUUCAAUAAUCAUCUGCUACUUUUCUGGAAUGUAUUUAUGGCUUUUUAUGACGACAAAUUCCUCCGUGACCGUGAGCCUCGUACGCCCGAAAGUGUCUCCAGCUUCUUCUCUCUUGCUUCAAAAGAUCCCUACUUACUGUGCCAUGAACUAGAUUUAUGCAAUAAUGUGUGCUUAAUGCUC